GAAAGCUCUUUUUCGGUCAGAUGGCGCGCUGCAGUCCGCCCCCGGGUCUCUCUCACCCACACACCCAGCAACAAGCCUGUCAUUAACAAUGCGAACCGCCGAGGGAGGACAGCAGCCAGCAAACACAGGCAACCACGGAGAAAGAAAGUAACAGCAGUAACUCACACGAGAAGAAAAACUCCGAGCAGCACCGUCUCAAAAUACAAACCCAGGGACACAGGAGGCGUGCGAGCUCACGCAGGAAACUUCAAACAAGUCCAAAUAAGUACAUGGACAAAGGGUUAAAAGAAGACUGAGAACCGACAGAGCUGGGUCAGAAAUCCAUCUUUUUCUUCGGAUAGUUUGAGCGGACCGAGGCGGUGUGACGACGUCCUGCUCCUCUCUCGUGAGGUGAAGCUGGCGGCUGUGAUACCACCCGUCUGCGCGAGCGAGCGCCCACCGGCAUCUCGAGCACAGAAGAAAGCAACGAGCCUGCCGGAUCUGAGCGAGGUAGGGCGAGAGACUAGUUGAGGGGUCUGCCAUGUCCCUGCCACGAACCCUUGGUGAACUCCAACUAUACCGCGUUCUACAGCGAGCCAACCUGCUGGCCUACUACGACACCUUCAUCCAGCAGGGCGGCGACGACGUGCAGCAGCUGUGUGAGGCGGGCGAGGAGGAGUUCUUGGAGAUCAUGGCGCUUGUCGGCAUGGCAACCAAGCCCCUGCACGUCCGUCGGCUGCAGAAGGCCCUGCGCGAGUGGGCGACCAACCCCAGCCUUUUCAACCAAACCCUGAACAACGUCCCAGUCAACAGCAUCCCUCUCUUCAAGAUCUCCGACACCACUGGGGGGCGCAAAUCUCUGAGCAACGGACAUGCGUCGAACUCCCCUGGAGAGCAGGAGAGGUCUGGCCUCACUCCCCAGCGUAGCUCGAGCCCAAAGAGCCCAUCCUCCCAGACCUCCGAGCUCUCCCGGGACAAACUGCAGCUCUCUCCAUUCGGCCGCCACACCCCGGAGCCUGAUGGGAACAGCCAGGAUGAAGAGCAGCCGAGCCCGCCGCCCACCCCCCCUGCCACCUCCUCUCCAGUCCCGGGGGGGCGGCUGGAGCCCGAAGCUGCCCGUGCCGUGACUGAAAGCGUGGAUCGGCUCAUGAAGACCAUGCCCUGCGCUGAGCCCAGCGAGGUCAAAGCCCUGCUGAAGCUCAACAAGAAGCUCGCGAAGACGGUGGGGCACAUCUUCAACAUGGAGAACAGCGACCCGGCUAAAGAGGAGGAAAUCCGGAAGUACAGCCUGAUCUACGGGCGCUUCGACUCCAAGAGGAGGGAGGGCAAGCAGCUCAGCGCCCACGAGCUGACGAUCAAUGAAGCAGCUGCGCAGUUCUGUAUCCGUGACAACGCCCUUCUGCUGCGCAGAGUGGAGCUGUUCUCAUUGGCCAGGCAGGUGGCUCGGGAGUGUGCCUAUACCUCCACGCUGAGGGGUUCCAGACUGAAUCCUGAUGAUAUCAACGGGCCAGCUCUUAAGAAGAUAAAACAAGAGGUGACUGUGUCGGAGUGCGUCUCCUCCUCGCGUGAUCACGUGGGUGGCCAGCAGGGCACGCCGGAGAGCUCCGCCCCGGGGUUCCACCACGCCACUGAUGAGGACAGUCUGUCUGGGGAGAGUCUUGACGGUCACACACAGGGUUUGGGGUCCCGCUCCAGUCUUUCCUUGUCCCCCUGCCCCCCCACUGACCCUACACCGACCCCCACCUGGAGCCGACACCUCAUGCAGCAGACCUUGAUGGACGAGGGCCUCCGAUUGGCCCGGCUAGUGUCACAUGAUCGCGUUGGCAAGCUCUGUCUGCGCGCAACGGGGAGCGUCCAACCGACAGAAUAUGAAGAGAAAGUAACAGACAGUUCUCGCCCGAGCAGGCGAAGCAGCAGCUGCAGCAGCAGAGAGGAGCAGGAGAGCGGCUGCAAAUGAGAACGUCGUCCCCUUCAAAUGAGAGCCUUCUACCCUUCAAAUGAGAGCCUUCUACCCUUCACAUGAGAACCUUCUACCCUUCAAAUGAGAACCUUCUACCCUUCAAAUGAGAACCUUCUACCCUUCACAUGAGAACCUUCUACUGUUCACAUGAGAACCUUCUACCCUUCACAUGAGAGCCUUCUACCCUUCAAAUGAGAACCUUCUACCCUUCACAUGAGAACCUUCUACCCUUCACAUGAGAACGUUCUACCCUUCACAUGAGAACCUUCUACCCUUCACAAGAGAACCUUCUACCCUUCUUCAAAUGAGAACCUUCUACCCUUCAAAUGAGAGCCUUCUACCCUUCACAUGAGAACCUUCUACCCAUCAAAUGAGAGCCUUCUACCCUUCAAAUGAGAACCUUCUACCCUUCACAUGAGAACCUUCUACCCUUCACAUGAGAACCUUCUAUCCUUCACAUGAGAGCCUUCUAUCCUUCACAUGAGAACCUCCUACCCUUCACAUGAGAACCUUCUACCCUUCACAUGAGAACCUUCUACCCUUCACAUAGAUCAGCAAUAAGUUAUUUUAAGCAGGAGAGCUGCCAAAACCUACUUAAGUAAAGUUUAUUCAGGUCUGUGGGCUGUCCUGUCCUGCACUGCUGGUUUGGCUGAUUCUGAACGGAUUGACAUUGAAACAAUUGAAUUAUCCAAACAAACUGAGAACACAACCUAGUCUCAGUGCGGUUCAAUUAAAACAUACUCACGGGAGGUCAGUAUGAGACACACAGGUACACAGGGGAGGGCAGGGUGAGUCACACAGGAACACGGGAGGGCAGGGUGAGUCACACAGGAACACGGGAGGGCAGGGUGAGUCGCACAGGAACACGGGAGGGCAGGGUGAGUCGCACAGGAACACGGGAGGGCAGGGUGAGUCGCACAGGAACACGGGAGGGUAGGGUGAGUCGCACAGGAACACGGGAGGGCAGGUUGAGUCACACAGGAAGACGGGAGGGCAGGGUGAGUCACACAGGAACACUAGCGCAGUGUGAGGAACACGGGAGGGCAGGGUGAGUCGCACAGGAACACGGGAGGGCAGGGUGAGUCGCACAGGAACACGGGAGGGCAGGGUGAGUCGCACAGGAACACGGGAGGGUAGGGUGAGUCAUACAGGAACACGGGAGGGCAGGGUGAGUCACACAGGAACACUAGCGCAGUGUGAGGAACACGGGAGGGCAGGGUGAGUCACACAGGAACACGGGAGGGCAGUGUGAGUCACACAGGAACACGGGGCGGGCAGUGUGAGUCACAUAGGUACAGUCAGGGGAGUGCAGGUUCCUGGCUGUGGGCUUUGCAGGAAUUCUACAGGGAGCAGUGACUAGCGCUAGGUUAGGGAGGCAAAACCAGCAGGGACUGUUUCUCUGCACCGCGGUACAGGACCCUACUCACCAGGCGGAUGGUGAGCUCAAGCAGACACCUGGACAUGCAGAGUCCUGCAGGGUUUUUGAGGUAUCAGUAAAUAAUAACCUGAUUAAAACCUGAAAGCAGACUGGGAUUGAGCUGCCCAGUGUGAAAGGCCCUUCAAGGAUUGUAACAGCAGCAUUGUUAUUUAGGUAGAUUCUGGCUAAAGCUCUCAUUCUUUAUUUAUUUACACAGUAUAUAUUUUUUUGUAGUAAAAUGAUGCAAUAGAUUUACUGGUGUGCUGUUCAUUUGAAAGCCUCAAGGUCAGCCCUGGAGCAGUCCGGAUGGGUGCUUGCUAUCUAGUUCAUUGUGUUAGUGUAGGAGCAGUCCCUUCAGCUCAUUCCUAGAUAUCACCUAUUGUAAACAAUGCUUGUGUUGGUUCAGGUCUUUUAUUCGCAAUCAGUGCAAAUAACUCAGUGCAAGUAAAGUAAAACAAGUGUGUUUAUGAAGUAGCAGCUUCACUUUACUGAAAGAGGAUCAGUCGCACCAGUCAAUCCUAGCCUCACCCGGUCCUCUUUCUGAAACACAUGGAACACAGAAGCCAUGCUAGACAGAAGCAGAAAACACCACACAAUGGUCAAAAGCUCAACUAAAACACUGCUCUUGAGGCCAUGGUAAUUACACCAAUCAGGAGACUGCAAACAGACACCCAGGGUAAUUACACCAAUCCGGAGACUGCAGACAGGUACCCAGGGUAAUUACACCAAUCAGGAGGCUGCAAACAGGCACCCAGGGUAAUUACACCAAUCAGGAGGCUGCAAACAGGCACCCAGGUUAAUUACACCAAUCAGGAGACUGCAAAUAGGCACCCAGGGUAAUUACACCAAUCAGGAGACUGCAAACAGGCACCCAAGGUAAUUACACCAAUCAGGAGGCUACAAACAGGCACCAAGGGUAAUUACACCAAUCAGGAGACUGCAAACAGGCACCCUAGUUAAAGUGUUGUUUCUACAGGCCUCUGUGGGUCUCUCCUCUGUAGUGUUUAAAGAAGCACACGUUACACCUGGAUUUCCAUUCCUUUCCAGAUCAUACCACUUAUCUCAGGUACGUUAGACACUUCCCCAGACCUAAUAAACACAGUCACUAGUGCUGAAAUUAUACAUACUAAAAGAAAAUUCAAUGACAAACGGCUAGUCUUUUGCUAGUCUAGUCAAGUUUUGUCAUCCAAUGCAUGAAAGUUUCUUUGAGUUUAUCCUACACAGCACCCCCUGGUGCCAGGGCUGACCUCUCCAUACUCCUGCUUUCUAGACAUUGAUAGAGAACCUUACACUUGCUUUUAUUAUGUUGUACAGGAGAUUAUUUAUUUUGUUAUUUUCAAAUAAAUUUAUUUUAUUGUUUA